AUGGUUCCGCUGUUAUUUCCGUCGGACCACAGUUAGCGACGCACCAAACGUGGAAGCUGCAAAAAUCCAAAUCAACUCAUUUUUAACUGAUUUUACUGCUAAAAUAUCAUAUUAUAUUACUAAUAUUUAGCCAGAAACAUGGCCGAACAACCAGUGAGAGUCUUGGCAUGUGGAGAUGUUGAAGGCAGACUGACCGCUCUGUUCAACCGAGUCCAGACCAUCCAGAAGAAGGCCGGACAGUUUGACCUGCUGCUGUGUGUUGGAGAGUUUUUUGGGACGACGCCGGAGGCCGAAGCAGAGUGGCAGCAGUACAAAACUGGAGCCAAGAAAGCUCCCAUCCACACUUACAUCCUGGGAGCAGCGAGUCAGGAGACGGUGAAGAGUUUCCCCGGCGCUGACGGCAGCGAGCUGGCUGACAACAUCACGUAUCUGGGUCGGCGCGGCGUGUUCACGGGCGUGUCGGGACUACAGAUCGCCUACGUCAGCGGUCGGGAGGCGAUGCAGGAACCGGCCCCGGCUCACUGCUUCACAUCCAAAGACCUGUCGGCCCUCGUGGCGCCGCUGACCAGCAGCUCCAAGUUCAGAGGAGUCGACAUCCUGCUGACGUCACAGUGGCCCCGCGGAGUGUGGCACUACGGAAACAACCCGGAAGUGAACACAAAGUUCUGUGGGAGCGGCUCCGUCGCCAACCUCGCCGACAAACUGAAACCACGAUACCACUUUGCUGCACUAGAGGGCGCUCACUAUGAAAGACUCCCAUACAGGAAUCAUCUUAUCCUCCAGGAAAAUGCUCAGCAUGUCAGCCGCUUCCUCGCCCUGGCAGCCGUCAACAACCCGGCCAAGAAGAAGUAUUUGUACGCCUUCAACAUAAUCCCCAUGAAGACCAUGGAUUCAUCAGAGUUGGUUAAGCAGCCGCAGGACGUUACAGAAAACCCCUACAGAUGCCCCACGAAAGACAAACAGAAGCCGAGCUUCAGCACCACAGAGGAGGAGGAGCCGGCCAGUCAGUUCUUCUUUGACCUGAGCACGAAGCAGGGCGGGGGUUUUCGUGGGCGUGGUAGGAAGAGAAAUUCUGACGGAGACGGGCGAGGACGAGACCAGCAGCAGGACCGAGGAGACGGACAAAACAAACAGCCCCGCCGGCACCCUCAGCCCACUGGUCCCUGCUGGUUCUGUCUGGCCAGUCCUCAGGUGGAGAAACACCUGGUCAUCAGCAUAGGAACACAUUGUUACCUGGCUAUGGCUAAAGGCAGCCUGACUCCCCAACACAUGCUGAUCCUCCCCAUCGGUCACUACCAGUCGGUGGUGGAUCUGAGCUCAGAGGUGGUGGAGGAGAUGGAGAAGUACAAGACGGCCCUGAAGAGCUUCUACAAGAGCCGAGGAGAGCGCUGUGUGCUGUUUGAGAGGAACUACAAGAGCCAACACCUGCAACUGCAGGUCGUCCCGGUGCCGCUGGACCGCUGCGCCACGGAGGACAUCAAGGAGGCGUUCAUGGUCCAGGCUCAGGAGCAACAGAUGGAGCUGAUGGAGAUCCCUCAACACAGCGACCUCAAACAGAUUGCUUCUCCAGGGACUCCGUACUUCUACGUGGAGUUGGACUCCGGGGACAAACUCUACUAUCGCAUCCAGAAACAUUUCCCUCUGCAGUUUGGAAGGGAGGUUCUGGCUAGCGAGGCUGUGCUGAACAUCCCGACUCGAGCUGACUGGAGGGAGUGUAAACAGAGCAGAGAGGAGGAGGAGGAGAGCUGCAAACAGCUGAGAGACGACUUCAAGCCGUACGACUUCGCCUGGGAGGACUAACACAACCACACACACACUCAAAAUCUCCCUGUUAAAGGAAUAGUUAGCUUAUUUGCUGGCUGGCGGCGGAGGAUGGCGUUAAAUGAGAAGAACGACACAACUCUCAUACCUGUACGGUGAAUAUGAAGGAGAGUGGUAUCAAUCUUCUCAUCUAACUCUUGGAAAACUAUUCCUUUAAAUCAGGUUUUGGUGUUUUUAUACCAAUGUUUUCUUUUUUAAUAACAUUUGACCAUUGUUGUUGUUAAACGUGAUGGUGAUAUUUGCAGCAGACUAUUGAGUUUUAUAAGUAAGGAUAAUAAAAAAGCCUCAGUUUAAAGUUUUCUGAAAAUUUUCAUUUAUUUUUUCGGCCUUGAAAUUCAGUGCUCAGCUCUGGGGAAAAUGUUUUUAAAUGUAUUUUGUAAAUGAACUAUAAUUAAACUCUUAUUUUGGGGUUUCUGG